AUGUUCUGCUCUCAUUGUGGUAAAUCUAAUCUCACUGAUGCAAAUUAUUGCCACAAGUGUGGUAGUAAAAUAACUGGAAACAAAGUAAACAUCCCUGAUGGCGAAACCAUUAGCAAACGUGCAAGUACGAGUUCUGCAACUGGGAAUACUUCAACACCGCCAACUACUUUUGCCCAAUUUCGUGCACGCAAAGAGGAUGAUCGGAACAAACAUUUCAAGAAAAAAGAUGGGAAAAGAGUGAAACUCGACGGGAAAUCCGUAGAGUCUUCAGAGGUUAAAAUCAAUAUCGGAAUUAUGAUAUUAAAAGAUGAAGCUCUCAUCGUAAAAAGGGGUUUCACUCUUCCACUCACCGUACCAGCAACGAUAACAUACGACGAUCUGUUAACUAAGGCAGUCGAGAAACAUCACCGAUUUAAUAAAGGUGUCAUUAAACACGAUAAGACAAUGUUCUAUUAUCUUCUUUAUGGCGAUAAGAGUAAAGCGACCAAUUUACCUGGUUGCAAUGAGCCUUUUACACUUAAAAG